CAAUUGCAGCCUUGGCUACAGCUCUGCUAGGCUACUAUGUGUGCUCGCACAUCUUUCCGAUUCUGUUAGGAACGAUAGUUCUUAUAUUAAUAUUUGCUUAUAUGAUAUGGCGAGUGGGCGGUCACCCGCCAAAAUCAAUUGGGAGCCUAAACAAAAAGCUUCAAACAAGGUUCCCACGAUUGAAGUUCACUGAGUCGCAUAAUUGGGCAAAAGAAGUUUCAGAGCUGAAUCAGGAAGCAGAUCCAGGCCGCGUUAACCAACUUUAUCCUGAAAACUUCAUAAUCAGCGACACUCUUCAUAACUUGAUAUUGCUCAUAACGCGAGACUUUGUAGAGUCAUGGUAUAUGCGCAUCACCCCAGAUAGGAGAUUUUUGGUUGAGGUACAGGUGCAAUUAGGCCAUGUUGUGACUCAAUUGCAGCAAAGACUCAGUGAGAUAGAUCUUACAGAAACUCUAGUCUAUCGUAUCCUGCCAUUGAUCACAGACCACUACACAAAUUUUGUCACUGCACAAGAGAUCGUGAAGAGUAAGAAACUUGGCACAAUCAGAUCCUUCACCAAUACAUGGGACCUUGACAAAAUUGUUGCAUCCUGCUACAAUAAGGGAAAAUUGCACCCGGCAAUCAAGUUGAAAAGUGUUGAUCCCGGAGAAGAUAUUCAACGAUGGCUUUCGCAGCAGCUGUCCAAGAUUCUUCCUCUGAUAGUCGAUGAAAAAGAGAUAGAGUCUCCUCCUAUUUUUUUGCUUCUUCGAGAGAUUCUGGAAAAAUGCGUAUUAUUCCAGAUCGUGGAGAUGCUUUCCGACCCCGAUUUCUACAACCAGGUCGUUGAAAAGAAUCUCGGAAAUGCUAUGAAGGACCGUUUGAACGUCAAGCGAUUUCGAAGCGCGCUCAGUAAGCAUAGUGUUGAGAAUCUCAGAACUUCCAGGACGUUGAUUUCAAGAGGAAGGUUGAAUUCAACAAGCGAUACAGCCAAGUUUCAACGUAUAUUGCGCGAAAUCAACAAGUCCCAGUCUGUGGCAGACCUCAAACAGUACAAGUACUACGUGACUCUACAACUGAAUAAAGUCAGUCGGGGUGAAAACGCCAAUAAUCAGCUGUACAAAGAGAGACUUGCUACCCUACGCAGCGCGACAGAUAAACGUCUCCUAUACUUGCUGAAGUCAUCCUCCACGUUGGGCGGACAAGAGCCAAAUGUCAACGCCAACUUGGACAUCACUUUUGCCGAGAUCCUAAAUAGCCCUGCAAAGCUGUCAGUGUUCACAGAGUUCAUGGAACAGAGACGACGCACCCCUUUGCUGAAGCUGUGGCUUGUGGCUGAAGGACUGAGAAAUCCACUCGAGGAUAAUUACGAUCUCUCAGAAGAAGACAGCAGUGAAGACGAAUCUGAUCUAGAAUACUCUAUGACAAUGUCUCAGGGUGAUGACCUACGUCAAAUAUUCGUUGAGUUUUUUGAGAACCCAAUACUCAAGAUAGACUCAAAAUGCUAUUCCAACGUUUCAAGAUUUGUGGAAACAAAACCUGCGGAUCCUGCACUUUAUCACAAAGCUCGCAAGUCUUUAUUCAAGCUACAGAAUGAAGUUUAUCAAAGAAUGCAGAAAACCGAUUAUGUUGCUUUCAAACAGUCUGAUCUUUACUUGAGACUAGUUGCAGCGGAAGAAGAACCAAAAAGUGAAGACAUAGAGAUUGACGAAGAUGAAACUAAUGGCGAUCCGUUGGCAGACUAUGAAGAGACAGGAAAUGAGGAGCAGAAAGUGAGCGACGCUGUUCUUCGCGCCGUUGAGGACGUGCUGGCCGAUCUGGCAGAUGAAAAACGAGAAAGACCAAGCUUGUAUCAAUUUAAUUCCGGUUUCUCAUCCUCGGAGGACCUUUCGGAGACUCCGUCAGGUACCAGUACUCCUCGAGUGUCUCGGCUUCUAAGUAAGGAUGUGCAGCGCGACCUGUUUGGGGAAGACGCGGAAAAAAAUGGACUGUUCGACAACAACGGUGAAUUAUCAGACGAUAAGGACUCAGCAAAUUCAAUAAAGAUUUUUGAUGACGAAGAAAGCGAAAGUUUCUUAGAUGAUGAUGUGACGAUGUCAUCAUCUCAAGAACUGCGAUUGGCUGCUCCUGGCAAUCUUUAUUUGGGAGACGAAAUUGAAAAGCUGGGAGCGGAGAUUGAUAAGCUGGAGCAGCAGUUACGCAUUAUAGAGCCACUUUUGAACAAGGCAGAACUGACCAAUAACGUUUCCGAGCUCAAGAUUCUGAGAAAGACUCAAGCAGGGCUCAGGAAAGAGAUGCAAUUAAAGGAAUUACAGAAGCAACAGUACGUUGUCCAAGAAAGCGACAAUACACUGUUUGGGAAAAGUCACGUGCGGAUACAGUCAUACCUCAAUGCAUUCGAAGAUGGAAAAGAGUGCAUAAUGUACAUAAUUGAGGUGCAAAAGCUGACGACUGAUAACACUGUGAUUGCAGGCUGGAUGGUUGCAAGACGGUUUAGCCAGUUUUUCAAACUGAAUAAUUAUCUCAAGAGCAAGUUCGCCGAAGUCGGAAAUUUGGACUUUCCUAAACGUAAGGUGGUUCUCAAAUUCCAGCAGCGAUCACUGAUCGUCGAGCGACAGCGAAAACUCGAGCGCUACCUGCAAUCACUGAUUGAGAACCGUGACGUUUGUCAGGACAAAGUCUUCCGUAGCUUCCUGUCUUCGGAACUUUUCGACAUCAAUCCCGACAACUCGCGGCAGAGACUGGGAAAGCUAGGUAAUCCGGGGAGAAGUGCAGUAAAUAUGGCCUCAAAAUUGUACAACAACAUUUCCAACCAGUGGCAACUACAAUACAAGGCUCCCGUGAAUGAUGUUGACAAUAAGCCAUCUUUAGAGUUGCAAAAAGAGCUCUCUAGCUUGGAUGAAAAUUUUGAAGGACAGGAAGCGAAAUUUUCCUCAUUUGUGAGGCCUAUUAGUGACUUUCUGAUCGCCGUUUUUGGGCUCAAGAACUCAAAGGCCUGGCUAAGAGGCCGGGCUAUUGUGCUGGUUUUGCAGCAACUUUUGGGCUCCACAAUUGAAAAAAUGGUGAGGGUCAGCAUUGAUGGGAGGUUCAAGGACUCGUCGACAGUGGCCGGCAUUCUGACUAUGUUGCAAGACUCAUUGUGGCCAAAUGGGUCGUUCCGUAAGUCAGGACCUCCUCGAACCUUAUUGGAGAAAUCUAAAACUAAACAGCACGCUAGAAGAAUUUUGGAAUUCUUCAUCAUUGAUACGUGCUCCAAGAUUUUUGGAGUUUCCAAUUCCAGAUUGGCUGCAGAAACAACGUUUCAAAUUCUGCAGAACCAGACAUUGAACAGACACCUGGUUCUAACGAUCCUACAAGAGGUUUUGGAGACUGUCUUCCCAGAGAUUGAAAGAUGAUCACUUGAUUUUUCUGAUAGGUCUCUCUCGCGAGUUCUUUUUCGUGUCCCAUAUUUUGAGUUUGCGGAUCUCGAGCUCUGCGCGCUUUUUAAUGAGCAGCUUUUUGAGCUGAUUCUUUCGUUUACGAUGUUCCAGCUCCGCGGCCCAUUCUUGGUGACGAUCCUCUUGCUGUUUUGCGGUUAGUGUCUGAUCAAACACAGGUUUUUUGAGUUUAGGAUAUUUCAGACUCAUCAAUUUUGCCAUUUCCAAAUACGCAUGGUAAUCUUUAGCCUGCUGUGCGACACUCAACCAGUUCAAAGGACCAGUGUUUUCUGAGCUCACACAAGCUUUCCUUUGCUCAAUCAACUUGUCAAAAACGUUGUUGAUCUUUGUGAAUAGCUCUGUUUUAGCUUCUUGCGGAAGAUCUACCGGGGGAUCGAGAACGGGAAUAUACUUGACUGUAGAAGCAUUUUUGUCUCGAGUUCGUGCCGCCGCGUUCGAAAGAUUAAAAGCAUGUAUUUUAUGGUAUAUUUUUUGCUGGAAUACUGCUCGCAAUUGCAGCUCCAGUUCCUCUUUAGCGUCGGUAGCAGGUGGCACAUACUCCAAAAAUUGCUCCUUAGGUGUCUCCUUAUUUUCGUUGCAGAUUUCGCGAAAGGGUACUGUAUGGCGUUUUCGUGCGUCACCAUGGAUGUUACACUCAUCCACAUACUCCCUGCUUGCCAUAGGGACCGGAACCUGUUUUUUGGGUAAUGGCCAGCUACUGAAACGUCCGUUGGCGACAAAGUAGUCUCGCGAAGCUAGCAUUUUCACCAUAUACAGGUGUAACGCGAGGUCAGAACAGAAUGAUGAGUCCAGGUUGGCAAUCACUUCGUGAGAGUCCUUUCUAAUUCGAUUUAAGUGCUUGUCAUUGCUGUGGUGAAUUUCUGGGAAGUCCUGGAUAUGCUCCUGAGCAUCUUCAAAAUUGUCCGAGUCUGAAUCAGACAUUAAAAAAUACAAGUUA